UAAAUCCACUUACGUGUUGGUCCCUUGUGCAGCUGAGCUCCAGUACUCCUCGAAAGCCUGAUAUCCAACUCUCCAGUUCUUGCACCCAUGGGACCUUUCCUACCUUUCCUUCUCUUUGCGCUUGCAGUUGGGGCAAGCCAUGCGCCUUCUCCUGCAGAGGUCUACUGGCACAAAGUACUGCCCAAUACUCCCAUGCCAAGCGCCAUCACUGACCUCUUACACCAUGAUGUGGUUGCUGAUGAGAAGUCGGACAGAAGGGUCAACGUUAACGGCAAGGACACCAGUGUGAGUGUCGGCUACAAGGGGAAGCCUGUGGUUGUCAACGUAAAACCCUACUACUCUGGCCCCUUCCUCUACAACUACGCCGCUACGCAGAGCCAAAUCCAGGAUCCCUCCGUAACCCUCUUCUUCCUCGAGAAGGACUUGCACCCGGGCGCCAAGAUGACGUUGCACUUCAUCCGGACCACCACCGGCGCUACCCUUCUUCCACGCCGAGCCGCCGAUUCCAUCCCCUUCUCCUCCGCCAAGCUCCCGGAGAUCCUUUCCCGCCUCUCCAUCGCGCCUAACUCCAUGGAAGCCGAGGUCAUGAAGAAGACCCUUCAUGAGUGCGAGGAGCCGGCGAUCGGCGGAGAGACCAAAUACUGCGCCACCUCGGUCGAGUCCAUGGUGGAUUUCAGCACGUCCAGCCUUGGGACUCGUGACGUCCGAGCCCUGUCGACGGCGGUCGAUAGGGAGGGUACACCGAAACAAGUUUACAGCAUAUCCAAGGUGCAGAAGCAGCCUAGCUCUGAGGUGGUGGUUUGCCACGGUGAGAACUAUGCAUACGCUGUGUUCUACUGCCACACGAUGAACGCAGAGGCGUACAAGGUGUCGAUGGUCGGGAAGGAUGGGACCAAGGUGGAGGCGGUGGCUGCAUGCCACACUGACACCACCGGAUUCAACCCCGACCACGUGGCCUUCAAGGUGCUCAACGUUAAGCCCGGGACGGUGCCGGUCUGCCACUUCCUGCCCCAGAGCGAUAUUGUUUGGACUCCCAACAAAUAGAGCAUCUCGUCGUUGGAGAUGAAGGUGUGAUUGCCCUAGAAAGCUUCUACGGAAGAUUUCUUUGGCUAGGCUAUCCUAUUACAGUUUCCUUAAUUUGUCAUGGCGCCUAUCAGAUAUAUUAUGGUGAUGUAUAUGUGUAUUCCCGUUGUAUAAAUAAAAGUAGACUUAUGUUUGUAUGAUGAGGCGAACUUUUCUUGUGCCUUCUAUUUGUGAUGUGUAUGCAUUCCUGUUGUAUAAAUAAAAGUAGAAUUUUCCUAGUA